AUGAGUUCGAAACCCUCUCCUGGAUGGCCUCCUCUGACCAGGCACCCACUCCAGCGAAUCGAGUCUCCGUCCCGAACUGCUUCGAUCCUCCUCCAUUCUACCGGACUUGCGGCCUUCGCCUAUGCCUUCCGAUAUCUAAUCAUCAAUCCCAACCGCAUCAACGACUCCUACGGCUGGCACUUCCAAUACCUCACCAUCAUCGGCCUCGCCCUCGCCACCACCACCUUCACCCUCGGCCUCCUCUCCGACCUCCUCCUCUCCCGCUCCCUCUUCGCCGCCAAGAAUGCCCUCGCCCUCGCCUCCACGCCCCUCGCCAUCCUCGUCUCCCUCCUCUACUGGGGACUCCGCGCCAUCGACGAGCGCCUUGUCCUCCCCGACUGGGCCCCCUUGAUCGACCCGUUCGCCGACAUGUGCUUCCACGCCUUUCCCGCGCUGCUGCUCUUCGUGGACUGCAUGCUGUUUUCGCCGCCAUGGGAUGUAGGUGGCGCGGGGGUGGCGGCGCUGACGGGCGCGUUCACGAUAGGGUAUUGGGUGUGGGUGGAUCGGUGCUAUGCGGAGAACGGGUUCUAUCCGUAUCCGAUCUUUGACGAGGUGGGACAUCGGGGGCGGGUGGGGCUGUUUGGGAUGAGUGCGCUGGUGAUGGGGUUGAGCACGGUUGGGUUGCGGUGGAUGUAUCGGGUGCUCAAUGGGGAGGAGAGCGAAAUGGCGUGGAAGAAGAAUGUACAUGAGUUGGGAGAGGGGAUGCCGCAAAGGAAGAAGAAGUAA